GUUUCUAUGUCCUGUACUCUUUCCCGAGUAUUAUCGACAUUCUCGUACUUCGGCAUCUGGCAUAUUUUAUUAGCCGGCAAAGAUGGUAGAAUGUCUUGAGUUGGUGACUCUGCUAUGUCUUGUUCUGCAGUUGGUAGUCUGCAGUGUGGCCUCUAAUGGAUAUCCCUUAGGAGUCAACCUCGGACCAACGUAUAUCACAGCAGCCUAUGUAAAUGGAGACGAUCAAGCAAUACCGCUCGUCAAGAUAGAAGGACCUUCAGCAUACCAGGAGCAUAUGAAGCAGCUACUCGCUGAUUCUGCGAGAAGGGCCUAUAUUGCAGGUAGACUGCAUAUUAAGGAGGAUGAUACUUGGGUGCCAGCUCCUGAGAGUGCGCUUAGCUACCCGUCCGACAAGGCAGAUUUGAUCACAUCUCUUCUUCAACAGGCGCAGGACCAAGCAGCUCAGUAUCUCCAUCGACCUAUCAAUAUCACAGCGCUGGGGAUCCCAGUUGGUCUCGACUCCAUCGCCGAAUAUCACCUCAAACACACAGCCCUUGAAGCGACCUCAAUGCAAUUUAUCUGGCACGCUAGCCGUUAUCUUGAUGCUGUACGUCGUGCAUAUGGGCUGAACACGUGUGCAGCGUUCGGUCACCCUGAAGGCUGUAUUUUGCUCAACGAAGAUAAUUGUAUCUUUUUUGUGGACCUCAAUUGCGACGGUCUAGUAAACCUAUGGGUGAGUUAUGUCGCUGACUAUGCGGUUGAUAUUAAUGAAGAGCAACAUGCGACGUACAACAUGAGUGCUUACGCGCAUGGUGAAGGUGGAGGACAGUCCGACUCUCAGGAAUUAUCAGAAUUCUUUCAAAAAUUUAUCGAGAAGAAAAUCCCAUCCUCCAUGGGCGAGGAUCUCCGAGCAGUCAUUUUGAGCGGAGAAGCAUCCGAGACAGAGAUGUUCGCGCUGGAACAGGCUGUGUACCAUGCUCUCCCGGAGAACUGGAGGUCACUGCUUCGGGCUGAGAUUGACCCAUUUUAUGUGGCCGCCAUCGGGACCGCGCGGAGAGCCAAGCUACAGCUUGAUGAUCCGGCUUUCCAGCGUGAAGAUGAUAAUCUUUUUGAUCUUGGAGGACACGAUGAGCUAUAGUCGUAAAGACAAGAGAUGGUAUCGGGUAUUCUUUCUUAGAUCGGCUAUGAUAUAGCGUGGAUGUUAUCUACAAGAUCAUAUGUGAUUGAUAGGUGUCAUAUCUGAUGCUUAGACAUUGGAUUAUGACACUUUUCAAGUUUC